AUGAAGUACCGGUUAAUUGUAUCUAUUUUUCUGCUUGUGAUGAUGCUCGGGGGAACGGUGGAGGCUGCUAAGGGUGGGAUUGGCAGAGCAGGAGUACGCGGUAGAGGCAGAGGACGGAUAUACAGUGCGAGGAUGCCGGUUAUUAUUCCCGGUCGUAAUACCAACAGUGGUUACUAUGAGAACAAAGAUGGCGCAAGGAUCAUCAAGUCUUCACACUUUGAAUUGGAUUACAUGCUGGGAAGAAAGAUUACUUUUUUCUGCAUGGCGCGUGGAUUUCCAAGACCAGAAAUAACUUGGUACAAGGACGAUAUUGAACUUUAUCAUCACAAAUUCUUUCAAGUCCACGAGUGGGCUGUAGGAAAUGAUACUAUCAAAUCUAAAAUGGAAAUAGAUCCAGCAACUCAGAAAGAUGCUGGUUAUUAUUCGUGCCAAGCUGACAACCAAUAUGCCGUUGAUCGUCGGGGUUUUCGAACCGAUUACGUUAUGAUCUCUUAUUAG